AUGAAAGAAUUAAAAGAACUUCUGGAUCAGAUACAGCAAACCACGUAUUCUCAACUAACAUCAGCGGCUGUAAAAGAAGUAUCAAGUCAACUCCACACCAAAGGGACCAGCAGUAGUGAAAUAAAACACGUACUACAAGGAAUCAACGAAAGGCAGCAAGACACACUCAUGAAAGUUCUUUACUUCUGCCUCGAUCGCGACGCAAAAAACAGCAAAACAUACCUGCUGUGGCAUGCAGAACUCCAUAACAUAACAGGAACAGGAUCCAUUUUACGUGUAAUGGCAGAAAAAAACAAGAAUUACGAUGCGCAAAACAAAUCAAACGAAAAAAAAUAA